CAAUGAAUAAUACACAAACCCUCGGGAAAAGGCGGUACAUUUUGCCACCCUCAGGUGCUGCACAGAGCUUUGUGGCCUCGAGCCAGCAGCAAUGCGUGCGGUAAAGCUGUGGGUGGACAACGUGAGAGAUAAAGACCAGAACCCUCAGUGCAUCUACGACCUUGCUUUCCACCCGGAGGGAAAGUUACUGAUAGUCACUGCAGGAUCGCGAGUCCUGGUGUAUGACAGCAGCGAUGGGAGAGUGCAGCAGACUCUGAAAGGCCACAGAGAUCUUGUCUACUGCCUCUCCUACACCAGAGAUGGGAGCAGGUUUGCGUCAGGGGGAGCAGACAAGACAGUCAUCAUAUGGGAUGCAGAGUCAGGGGAGGGUGUUCUCAAAUACACUCACAACGACUCCAUCCAGUGUCUGGCCUACAGUCCAGUCUCCCAACUCCUACUCAGCUGUACCUCUUCCGACAUAGGUUAG